CGUCCAUUCAAUGCGCGCAUAUUGAUGGCGACCAUAGAAACAAAGCUCGAUAGUAAAUGGCGAAAUAAAUCGAAAUUAUAUCGAAUACCUGUCGGGCGGAACCAAGACCGACUUCCCGGCUAUAAAUACGCUGCCCGGCCUCCCUCGCUUCGCCUCAAAGUCUUCUUUGUGCUCGUCUUCUGGCGAUGGCGGCGGCGGCGCAGGGAGGAGGAGGAGGGAGGGAAGCGCACUUCCGGGGCGUGAGGAAGCGGCCGUGGGGGCGGUUCGCGGCGGAGAUCCGGGACCCUUGGAAGAAGACCCGCAAGUGGCUGGGCACCUUCGACACGGCUGAGGAGGCGGCGCGGGCCUACGACGAGGCCGCGCGCAGCCUCCGCGGCCCCAAGGCGAAGACCAACUUCGGCUGCCCGGGCGACCUCAUAGUCCCGCCCUCGGCGGCGCAGGUCAGCUGGGGAGCGGUGACGCGCUGGCGAUCGGCCGCGGAUCUGUCCAUGGGGCAUACGCCGGCGGCGGCGGGCGGCGGAUCGGGGUACGCAGGGUACCGACUCGAGGUGGUUGAGGCGGCGGCGAGGGAGGAACAGGAGAGGAAGACCGUGGCAGCGGCGGAGGCGGGGAAGGAGAAGCCGCCCUUCUCGUUUGAUCUUAAUCUCCCCGCUCCUUUUUUCUGAGUCAGAUCGGACGGCCCACAUCGCUCCAUCGCUUCCCCACUCUCCCUCCUUUUAUGCCGCGCCGGUUUUUAUUGCUCGCUUUUCUUUAAAGCCGACUCGGCUUUGUUGUACAGUCUCUUAUCAACUGAGUUGGAUCAGCGAGUUAGCUGGUCACUGGAA